CGAGGACAUAGAUUAGGCUAGCUUUUAUCCCUCCCUUCUUUUUUUUUUUCCUCUUGUCCCCUCCUCUGUCCGUCAUCUCUCGGUUUAGCGAGAGACUAGAACGACACUUUUGACACUCCCAGCGACGAACACCAUGGCAUCUGCAAGCAGCUCUGCGCAGGCCGCCUUCGGGCUGGGCCGGAGGAAGAAGAACCCCGGACUCCUGGACCAGAUUGGAAAGUUCUUCGGAGGGGACAAGAAGAGGAAGAGCAAGGGAUCUUUCCGAGGCGCUCUCUCUCAGGCCCCUCAGAAAACAUCUGCCGCUUCCCCGCGUAAGCAUGGAGGAGAAAACGCCGUGGUCCAUUUCUUCCGUACGAUUGUGUCCCCUGCCCCUCCCAAAUCCAGGAAGUCACAGUCCGCCAAAGCUAAGAAGGCUGGCGCGGGGGAUGGCAAAGGCUCCCUGACUAGGAUGUUCAAAAUGUGAUGAUAACCUCAGCAGAGGCAGCCGGAGUUCUUCUCCUGCCAAACGCUGAUAUACCAACUCUACGACCCCUUCCAACAGCAUGAGGGCAGACGUUCAAGAACAAGCGACUAACGUGGGGAGAAAAAGAGGAAGUCGGCUUAUCCUCCACCGCUGAUAACAUGCUAAUGCUCGCUAAGUCCCCGCCCCCUCAUUUGGCUAGUAGUUAGCAACACAAUCCACUUCCCCUCCC